UUACAGUGCACUGCGGGACCAUCUGUAGUGAUAUAUUUGAUAGUUAGGCACGAUAUCGCUAACAGUGACACUUUCAUUUUUGCAUUAAAGAACACUUUAACCUAGAAUAUGGUGAAGAUUGCAUUUAAUUCUGCUUUGGCGCAGAAAGCGCUCGGAAAGGAAGCCCUCGUCUCAGAAAACGAUCCGGAGACAGCCUCCGUGUACAGUAGCGAGAGCUCCACGGGUCGCUGUCUGCUCACCCUACUCGGCCUGGCCUUCAUUUUGUCAGGCCUCAUCGUUGGCGGUGCCUGUGUGUAUAGGUACUUCACCCCCAAGAAGCUCUACCAUGGCUCCAUGCAGUUCACUGAGGUCGAUGGCGCCGACAUGCCCGUGGAGGCCCGUGAGCCAUACUACCUGCCCCGCAUCGAUGAAGACGUGGAGAUCCGUGACAACGUAGCCAUCAUUAACGUCCCUGCUCCCCGUUUUGGGGAGGGAGACCCAGCUUACAUCUUGCACGACUUUAAAAGGAAGCUGACCGCAUACCUUGACCUCACCCUGAGGAGAUGCUUCGUGAUACCCCUCAACACGUCCGUGGUGAUGCCCCCCCAGGAUCUCCUGGAUCUGUUCAUGCAGCUCAUGUCUGGCUCAUACAAGACUUACUUGGUGCAUGAGGAUCUGGUGGUGACUGAACGCAUCGAUGAUCUUGCCCCUCUGGGCUAUUACAUAUACAACCUGUGUGAGGGCAAAGCUACAUACCGGAUGCAGCGUCGCAGUGAAAUUAUGGGCAUCCAGAAGCGGUCAGUGGAGGAGUGCUUCAAAGUCCGCCACUUUGAGAACACAUUUGUUAUCGAAACCAAGAUCUGCCAAGCCUGAGUGAGCAGAAAGUCAGGAGGGGACAGACAUGACAGCUGGGUGGGGGUGGGGUCUCCUUCCUCUCCCAUUCCCGGGGAGGGUGCAGUUAGGUGAAGGGAGGUUAGAGUUGGGGGGAGGGUUGAGAAGAAAGGGCCUGUCUUCCAGCUCCUGCUGUAUCGCUUAUCUUGGGGUGGUCUUUUAUAUUGCUGAGCAACAGCAGACUUUUCUCUUCUCCUGUUUAGGGCCUAGUGAUGUAAAUGUCCUAAAGCAUUCCGCAUAAUUUCUUAUACCUUUGUCACCAUGUAACUUGAUCCCCAGUACAGCGUGAGGGCUACCUUAGGCUUGUUUGCUGCACUGGUUUUCUUUCCCCUGUGCUAAAUGUCCUUUAGUAAGGGUUAGUUAUAUCCUAAAUACAUUGUUCAGGAAUGUGAUGCAUUUUGACCUCUUGUCUGUGCUUGCAUUGUUUUGCAGAUGUAUUAUUACCUAAGCACAUUGAUAAACCUUUGCUCUAGCCUUUGUGAUUUUUACCAGAACCUUUCCUUUUCCUUGUCACCAGUGUACAAAUGAGCAUAUGAUGUCUACUACUCUUGACAAGCAUAUGCUUUUUAUAACUCUUAUCCUGGUUUUUUUUGUUUAUUUUUGUUUAAAUGUAUUUAAGUAACUUCAGCGCGUCUGCUGGUCCAAUGUCACCAGGUGCACUGUAUGUAGCAUUGCUUAUGGAAGCUGUUUGCCGAAAAGCCUGUUUCCCUGCUGACGUAUACGAUUUAAAACAGCCAAUAGACGUGGGUUCUCAAGGGCCAAACUGGCGCUAUGAAUGCUUCAUACAAACUGUUGGGUCAGUUUAAGAAUGUUUGAUGUCUUCAAGGUUGUACAUGAGCCUGUAUGCUGUUUGGUGAUUGGAGAAUGUCAAUGUCGAGUCUGUAAGCAGUUCGCUUGUCGGAGAGAAAUCUUUCCCUGUGAUGUUUUUGGCUCAGCAGUACACCGGGCUCUUUAGCUGGCAAUGCAUUCGCCCCUACUAGAGCAGAUUUGGCCACAGAGCAGUUUGGCCUGGCCAUGUCUACAUCUGAGUCCCUCAGUCCCCGCUUGCUUCAUCCCAGGGCUUGUAUGUCACCAACUCCUGAGACUGGGGGUGUGUCAGAGAUUGCUUACUGAUUGGCUGCUCAGUGCUCAGACCCUCUGUUCAUUUUUAAUGUUUUGGAAAGACUUGUUGUGUCCUCCAGCAACAGGAUGCUGCAAUAAGAAGAUAAAAAUCUACCAUUAUUUUUUUUGGGGGGGGCUUGUCCUAAUUUACUGAGAUUUCAGAAGCCCUGAGUAAUAUGAUUUAAGACCAGCACUCAAACAAUAGACAGGUCCACAUGAACAUCUGCCUAUGUAAAAGAGUGAUUGCUCAGACCCUGUAAACAUGCAUUUGCUCGGCAUUGCUAUAAAGAUUCCUGAAGCCAUAGCUCAUGCCUCUUCUGGUCAGGCUUUUUGUUAACUCCAGAAUAAACCUAUGGAGCAUUGUCUGUUUUGGGAUCUCCCAUAUCUCCCAUGUUGUAAAACAAGUGAAUGCAGAUGUUGGGAAGCGCAGUAGUUUGACCUCUGAUCAGAGAAUGACAAUCAACCCUAGGAGCUCUGUUUCUGUUCAGUUUCUGCUGAUGCAGGAAGAAAGCAGGCCUAAAAGAUUCUGGAAUUAAUUAAGGAAAGAUGAACUACUGUUAAUGUUAAACUGCUGACUAAAUAUGAUUUUGUGCGUUGUCAAAAAUAAAUGCAUUUCUUAAACGCA